AUGGCGUCCGGAGAUGGUUACCGCUCUCCGACUGUACAGGCCGCUGCAGACAGCUUCGAUUUGCGUCGGGAUGAGUAUAGUCAGAAGCCAGACUCUGACAACUAUCGCCGCUCCAGACCACGAGGCAACUCAAAUGCCGUCAGACCCAAUAGCGUGUAUCAACAAAGCGCUCCGCUCGAUAACGUCGUCAAUCACGCUUUCGAGCGCUCAGGCACAGCUGCCCAGCUAGAUCCAGCUCUUGUCGCUCAGAUCACUGAGCAGGUCAUGAACAACCUCAAGGCUUCUGGCAUUGGUCAACAACACCAGCCACCACUUUCUACUCAUACUAGAUCUGCCCAUUCAAGGUCUCCUGCAGAAUCGGCAGGCUCUCUCAAUCGCCCUUACACGCCGCCCUCUCCAACGAGGGACAACGGAAGCUACAGGUCACUGUCUCCCGAGCCUCCCAUGUUUGCCGCGGAUCCAUACAACAGCAGUUGUGACUUUACCCAGCCAAACAGGAGUAGCAGUGACGCAUCACCCGUCCAUGCUGGGGACAGUAAACCAAGACCCGGACACGCCCGUAUGCCCUCCACUUUCGAAGAAACGGUCUUGGAGAAAGCAUGGCAACCUCUGUUCCAAUCAGGUCAGCCUACUCCAAGAUUGAGCCAAUUCCUGAGAGGUCUCGCUCUGCACAUCAUUGAUGACUACGAACCAAAACGCAGUCUCGUUAUCUCACCAGCCAAGAUGGUCCGAUUCUUCGAGGAUGUCCGACUACCCUCUGAGAUGUAUCCCUGGCGGGACAUCUUUGGUGGCCGCAUUACCUGUGAGUCCAUCUCGAGGAUUUAUAGAGAUCUGCGGUGCCAACACCACUUUAUACAACUGGGCAAUCACUCUGUCCCAGAUAUUCCCGCCUUGACACCUGACGGCUUCCNNAACCAAUUCAUGACAAUUCUCAUCCAGGCUCAUCCGUCUAUGGAAUAUGAGCGACUCGCGAAGGCCGUCCUGGACAUGCCCAUCAGCAAUGCUGAUAACCCCAAGGAACGAUUCCCAAAAGAGCUCAGCCGCCGACUCAUUCCCAAAGAGGAGGACAUAACACAACAGCAACGAUUACAUGCUGCGAUGUCGAGUGAUCGCAAUAUACAGCUACGCUCAAGCAACCCUAUGCCGCCUCCGCCUCCUCCAGUGUCAACUCAGCCACAGCAACCAUCGACUUCGUACUCUUCGUCGGCAUCAUUUUCCGAGAGAGAACGUGCGCCCUAUUCUAAUAACCCAUCUGCUCUUGAUGAGGAUGAUUUACGUACUACUCCUGGCCCACUCGAGCGUGAACGACAACCUUACACUGCGAAGGAAGGCUUUGGAAAGGUGUAUGAAGACGAUCGUCGAAACACUGGUCGCUCAGAGAAUAUGAAUCGUACCUCCCGCGCUAACUCCGCUGCACCUGAACCACAGUUUAGUCAGGGCAGUAGACCGACCGACAUACCUACCACUGGACAGAGACGCCAUCGUCUCUCUGCGACCGGACAACGACCUAAUUUUGGAACUCCGCCUCCUCUUGGUUACCCACCCAAUCCAUACACCCGUUCGGAAGGCACGAACAUUGGCGACGUUCCAUCCACACACUACAACUCCAACAUGCACACUGAUGACCGGGACCGAACAAGAUAUGCACGACGUGACGAUGAGACUCGGGAGUCCAAGCGUGCCUCAUGGUACCAUUCCCGUGGUUACGACUACGACGGAGUCUACGAUGACAAGCGAAGAUCUGCAGGUGGCCCUGAUGGAUAUGGAAGCUACAAUGGUUAUCCUUCGAGCCAGAAGUACUAA